GAUCUCGGGUCUCGCCACUGCUCCAGCGACUCCGGUCCAUCACAUCAGAGUGGGAGAAAGAGCGCGAUGCUCGUGGUCAAAGCAUGAAGCCAACAUCUUCCACUCGAAGGGCAGUGCUUCAGGAUUCAGAGGGCCCUUUGGAGGAACAUGAUGAUAGGGAUGUUCCAUCACUUUUUGAUCCGACGGCACUGACACAGGAUGACGAUGAUACAAUCCCCCCCACACAAGCAGAUGACGAGACACUUCCGCCGACGCAGGACAUGGAGACUGCAGAGAGUGAUAUGCCACUCUUGGAUGAAGGGCCAGGCUCCGACCCCACUCUGAUGACAGGAACAGAGGCGGGCAAUAUGGCACCAUUGGACGAGAUGACAUCGCACGACGCUGGUUCGUCAAAGAAAAAGCAGGGGAGAGGGGCGGCACGAAUGCCGCGUGGAUGGGGAAAAGAUCACAGGAUGCUUGUAUUCACAUCGCCGGAUGGUAAAAGCAUCGUCGGACCCGACGUAAACGAGUACAAGACAGCCAUUGGGGUCAUUGCACGCAACGGAGCUCGACUUCCUCUACAUUACCCCACGUUCGCUGAGAUACCGGAGACGAAGAGACAGGGUGCAUGGAUGGAGGUUCAGAGUAACAGCGGAUUACCAGACUCAGCGGAGAAAGUGGUCUUGGCUGACCUAAGGGAAGUUUGGAGGCACUGGAAAUACAGCAUCAAAUCAACUUACUUCAAUCCGAUCGAGGACGAUGAAGAAGCACUGAAGAAGGUUCCCUCAAGCAGGAUUGUGCCCGAUCAGUGGCCGAAGUUGGUUGAGUAUUGGCGCGACGAGAAGGUGAAGCUUCAAUCCAAGAAAAAUGCGUCGAACGUAGCGAAAAGAAGCUUUCCACAUCGUACUGGGCGGAAGUCAUUCACGACUCUGGCAGAGGAGAUCAAGGCAAAGGGGAAGGACCCCGACAAUCUGGAGAUUUGGAUUUCCAGUCGCACACAAGGCAAGGGAAAGGAUGACCAAGAAACCGAGGAGAUAUUGACUUAUUUACAGAAUGAGCUAAACAAGGUUCCCCCUGAAGGGCGGACUCCCUCUGUUCGGGAGACUCUGUACCGACGGGCCCUUGGGGGAAAGAUUAAGAAGCGGUCAAAGGUCGACAGUGCGGCAAGUUCAGCUCAUCCCCGCAGCGAGUCAACUGGUUUAACAGACAGUGUAGCAUUCCAACAUGGGUGGGAACAACUACAGAAUGGAAUGGAGGAGCUGAAGGCAAUGAUGGAUGAGUUCAAAACCAUCAAGGCUGAUGUGUAUGCAUUCAUGCACAGAAACUCCGGAGCGGUUACUGGCCAGGCAGGCACAUCUCGUAUUGAUUCAGUCCCUGAGAUUCCCAGGCCUGUGUCCGAGCCAAGCAUGACGGUCGGCACACAUGUGCUUCUAUUAUCCCGCACCGGUGAGAAAAAAGUUGUUGCAGAGGGACUUCUGCUCUGCCCCCCUGGGCCAGGUGACACACUUUCCUUGGUCAAGGUCUUCGUGACAUCCGCGUCAGUCCCGGACACACCCCUUAUUUUGCCGACCAUUUCUGGGGCAACUACCCUUCGCGAUGUCGUCGGCGAAGAUCCUAUUGAGUGGAGCUACAAGGACGUAAGGAUCUACUUUAAUACCUUUCUUGUAUUGCCUUCCGAAAUUUAUAAGAAGUAUGACUUAAAGUAAUCUCUGUGUUGGCAAUUGCAGCUCAUGCGCCGGGCUUGAAAUGUUGGUACCGAUACACCCAUGUUAAUUGUCCCGUUUGUCAUAUGGAUUGAAUGUCGAACCUGUCUUUGGAUGGAUUGUGUUGAGUUUUUGUUGAACUAUGUCUGGAAUUGAUGCGUAGACCUUUGUGGUUUGAAUUCGUAUGGUGAAAAAUGUGCCUAAUGGGAUUGAUGGAUAACCGUAUUUGCUUAUUGCGUUGUUUACUUGUGUUUGAACUGUUAAGCACGUUUUGCGGAACAGGUUGUUGAUGUGUAGAUACUAGUAGGCUUGUUCUAUGGGUUGCUUUACUUUGUUGGUAGGUAUGGAAUUCAGAUUUUAAUA